AUGGUUGCAGUACAGCAUACGGAGGAAUUCCCCUCGGAGGCAACGCCUCUCCUCAAUAACUCGCCCGCCGAGUCAGACGAGAGCAAUGUUCCUAUUUCAUUUGGUAGGGGAUUCACAAUUGUCUCCGCAAUGGGACUCCUCCUCUUUACGCAAGCUACCAACAUGUCCAUGAUGACAACGGCACAGUCGGAUAUUGCAGCGGAUCUCGAUGCGUUUUCAGAAACAACAUGGUUUACUUCAGCUUAUCUAAUUGCAAUGUCUAGUGUCACUCCGCUCGCGGGUCGACUUUCUCAAAUAUUUACUCCCCGUGUAUACGUUCUCUUCUCUUGCGUGCUUCUAUCGAUAGGCCUUUUCAUCACCGCGGCAGCUCGAAAUCUAGCCGUCUUCCUUUUGGGGCGGGCACUUACCGGGUGUGGCGGCGGCGGUAUCAUGGUUACAACGAUAAUCCUUACCCUUGACCUGACUAGCAAAAAGCGGAGAGGGUUAUACAUUGGGCUGAUCAAUGUUGGAAUGACGACCGGUGUCUCAACCGGUGCGGUGCUGGCCGGGUUACUAACGCCAGCUUUUGGAUGGCGCAUUAUCUUCUGGGUUCAAGCGCCACUUUGCUUCAUUGUGGGCCCGAUUCAGUACUUUGCUAUCCCCUCAAGUUCAACGAACGAUGAGCCCCUCUGGGGUCGUGCCUUGGUACGGAAACUGGCCAAAGUUGACUAUGGCGGAGCCCUAGCUUUGAGUAUCUCCGUAUUUCUGCUGCUCUUUAGCCUUGCGUCACCAGAGAUUCAACUUGUACCGUUGAUCUUGUCUCUCGCCCCCUUCGCCGUGUUCUUGUUGAUUGAAUCCCGAUUCACGUCGGAGCCCAUAAUCCCGGUAGAAGUGCUUGGUAUGCGAAGUGUUGUUUUGACCUGUCUCUCAGGCCUUGCUUCAAUGAUGGCCCGCUGGUCGGUUCUCUUUUUCACACCCGUGUACGCAAUGGUCGUCCGAAACUGGUCCCCGGCCUCUGCUGGCCUGAUCCUAGUACCGACAAAUGCUGGAUUCGGACUCGGGGGUCUCCUCGUAGGCUGGUUGCAUAUUCGUAAAACCGGCAGUUACUAUAUCUCGAAUAUCAUCGUAUUCUUGUCGUUUGCACUGGCAAAUCUCGUCCUCGCAAUUCUCUCAACACCUUCCUCACCUACUAUUGCCUACCUGGCCGUGACAUUCUUUAACGGUCUCGCGGCCGGCGCUUUGAUGAACUACAGCUUAUCUCAUCUACUGCAUCUCACACGACCAGACGUACAUUAUGUCGUGAGCGCCCUGAUUGCUAUGUCGAGAGGCUUUGCAGGAAGCUUUGGCUCUGCCAUUGGCGGAGGAUUCUUCCAACGCGAGCUGAAAACGAGCUUAGAGACCGGCUUCGCAGCCCAUGGUCUACCAGAACAGGAUGAACUGAUCCGCAAGCUGCUCGGUAGCCCGGCCAUGGUAAAGAGUUUAACUGGGAUUAAAAGGUUAGUCGCGAUACAGAGCUAUGAACAAGCGGUUAAAACACUACUGCUAGGUAGCUGUGUUUUGGCCCUGGUAGCAACGGUCGCCCAAGCGGGCACCGGCUGGAGGCCUGACCGGGGUGAUGGAAGAGUACGGGAUGAUCUGGAGAAUAUUGUAGAGAGGGAGUAA